CGUACAAAAGACCUACACGCGGGGACUACGUGAACCAGAUUGGUUGGCGAACGACCAACGCAUGGCUGGCGGGGAAUCUGGCGUGUAAAUUCUUUUUAGUGCUACGAGCGUUUGGCCUUUACCUAUCAUCUAAUGUUUUGGUCUGCAUAUCGGUAGACAGAUUUUUCGCCAUACUGUAUCCACUUCGGCUAGCGAUCGCCCGUAAGAGAAGUAAAAUGAUGCUGUCAUUUGCUUGGAUGAUAGCUUUAUUGUGCAGUUUGCCACAGAGUCUCGUCUUCCGAGUUAUGCAACAUCCAAGAGUACCAGACUUCCAGCAGUGCGUCUCCUUCGAAGCCUUCACUAAUCAGCAGCAGGAGUUCGCGUACAAUGUGUUCUGUCUAUGUGCUAUGUACUUCUUUCCACUGAUGAUCAUUACCAUCUGUUACGCGUGCAUAUUCUAUGAAAUCUCCAAAAAUUCACAAGAAACUUCAGAAAAGUACGAGCAGACCGAUCAUAGCCGCGUGCUCCUCAGACGGUCAGACCAGAGGCCGCUGGCGCGUGCGAGGCGGAGGACUUUGCGAAUGACAGUUACCAUUGUCACGGUCUUCGCAUGUUGCUGGUUACCAUACGCUACCAUGACAAUAUGGUAUAUGGUGGACAGGCAUUCAGCACAACAUGUAUCAGCGAGAGUGCAGGACCUGUUCUUUAUCAUGGCCGUCUCCAACUCCUGCAUGGACCCAUUGGUUUAUGGCUCCUAUACAUUAGAUCCGAGGACGUUCACAAGAACUGCUAGGAAGAUCUUUUGUAUUCACCCCAAACCUAUGGAAAUUCCCGGUAUUUCCGGACCGGAUAUUAUAAAAAGUAAGCUACCAAAUAAUGGAUCCAUACAUCAUGAUCAUGUACGCCCCAGUAACUGUUCCCGUCGAUACCCGGUGCGUUUCGAGGAAACAUCAAUCUCAACAGUACGGCCCAGUGCUAAUUCCGACCCAAUACAGUUUAUAAGUGAGCGUUCGAUUGAAGAUCGCAUAGUGAGACCGUCUCUAAGUUGUGAAGUGUUUGUCUUACAUACACCAGGACGCAGCUACAUACCUUAAGUGUAAGUGGUCAAUACCCUAAUGGUUUAAUAUAAACUUUGUACAAAUAGUUCUAACUUAUAUUUGUGUAGGGACAUAUUUUAGUCUAUUUGUAUGAAUACAUUACGUAAGGUAAACUCAGAUAGUGGUUUACAAUCGCUAUUACCUACUAUACCUAAAGAAAACCGAAUUUAAUGUAAAAUUGUGUACUGUAUUAUUUAUUUAUUUUUUUUGUUUUCCGCAUGUUCUUAAUAACAUCUCUGGUGCUGUGUUGGGCACCUUGAGUUGCUUUGUGUAAAUGAAUUCUCGGAUUCGAUUCCUGGUCGGGUCAACUUAGAGAAUGAAACAAUCUGAAUUGGCUAGGAUCUGGGUGUUAUGAGUGUGCCUCCAGAUGUUUGUGUAUGGUUUCUUAUAACACACGGUAUCCUAAUUUGAGAACGAGGCGAUUGAUUCACAUCAAGCACUCGUGUGAUACUUAUCAUUAUUUUUAACAUUAAGACCAGAAAUAUGUAGUGCUGUAUUUUUUUCUUUGUUAUAUUAGCGUAAAUGCAAAGUCAAAUUGGAAUUAUUAGCAUCUACCAAUUAAUGAAACAUUUUUCGCGAAAAAUUGUUUUUUUUUGCAAAAAAUGUUUCGUUCAUUGGUUGAAAAAUAACAACCAAUUUCAUGAAAAGCUAUUUAGUUAAUACGAAAUAUUCAAAAGUAUGUUAACGAUUUUGUUUAUAUGUAUAUGGGUGUUCUGUUAAUUACUGCUACUUUUUAUAUUAUUAAAGUAGAUAAUUAAUUAUAUGUAUAUUAUUUAAACACCUGCUCAAUUGUUACUAUAGAUGUCGUAAUAAGUACCUAAUAAUCUAAUUUUUAAUGACGACUUUGUAAGCGGUUGAAUGCACUAGUAUACGUCUGUCAGUAGACCAAUACUGACAGUAUAUAUAUUAUAUUGUAUUCAGUUUAUUAUAUUUUUUUUUAUUUUAUACUUAACUUUUAAUCAUAUUAUAUUUGAUUUUUUUUAUUAUAUUCAAUUAUGUAUAAAUUUAAAAUACUUUUAUAGUAUCAAGUUUGAAAGUAGAUGGUGCUGUUUUUGCUAAGGUUAUUUAUUAGUACUUUUAUUAAUCAAUUUUAAUUUCUUAUCAUUAUUAAUACACUUAGUAUGCUUUAUAUAGUUAUCUUUACCAUAACUUUACAUUGACUUUCUAGAUCUCUAAGGUUUUGAAUAAUUAAUUAGUAAUUUGUAUUAGUUAACGGCGGCAAGUUUGUAAUUUAUGUUCUCGCCCUCUGAAUGUUGAUUCCGCGAAUCUAGAUCUUUAAAUUUAACUUUAAUAGAGAGGAGAUUUUGCCUGACUGAAUAAAAUGAAUAAAAUCGAUUGUGGCAGUUCUUAUUCUAAUCUAUAGUAUCGCUGUUAUAAACAUUUCGUUAGCUUUGAAGGCACUGUUUUUGUAUGCACUUUUAAAUUGCAGUCUAUCUACCUUUCUCCUUACUGAAUGUCAUAUUGAGUAUUUAGUGUGAAUGGAAGUCCUGUUUUAAUAUAUAUAAUUCUUUUAAUUUUUUAAACUUUCUUCCCCAUUUAAAAAAGUCAACUGUAUACCUGAGAAUAUUACUGUAAAUAUUAGGUAGUUAAUUGUAAAAAAAUUGAUAUUUCUAUCUAGUCACGUUGUAAAUUUGUUAUUCUACAACUACAUUAAAUAAUUUAUAAAUAAGGUAUUAUCUACGUUUUAUAUUUGUAUCAAAUAUGAAUGUAUAAAUUGGGAAUGUAUAUGUAUAAAAAUUAUGUAAAUAAAAAAUUUUACCCAAUGAUUUGAUAUAGGUUUAUAUAAGCUACUUUUAGUUUUUUAUACAAUUUGUCAUUUAUAAAGUCAUUGUAUAAAAUGCUGUUAAAAGUAUACAUAUAAUAGUAUAUUUAUAAUAACAGUUAUAUGUAUCACUAAUUAACUAUGAUACAAAGAUGUUAUUAUUAUCAUUACGACUAUUUAAAAUCCCAUAGAUAAUAAAAGAAAACAAAUAGGGCACAUCAUCACGUCCAUCAUUUAACCAUAACCGUUUACCAUCAGAAGGGUUGUAGGCUUGGCCAUGUUUAUAGUAUAUAAAUGAGAAUAUUGGGUACUAUUACCGAAAUGACUAUGAGUUUUAAUCUAUGGCACUGGAGUAUUCUGAUGUGGUUGUUUAGUCAUUUUACGAUAUCUUGGGGAUGAGGAUAAAUAUUGAAACGUUGUGUUCAUACGGAAUUCGUCAUCAUACGUAGUUAACUUACUUAUAUAUGUAAAAAUAAUACAUAUUUUUAAGACCAAGUUGUAUUAUUGUCAGUGUUAUUUCUGGUUUUCAAAUUAACUACUGUUCAUCACGAAAUUCAGCAAAUGUGGAUGAGGUAGUUCUUAGUAUAAUAUGUGUAUAAUGUAAUAAAUUAAAAUGAAAGGAAAACAUAAUCUAUAAUGGAGUCACAUUGAGCGUUUUUAUGACACGUAAUGUUGAAAUCUUUUACGUUUACGAUAUAAUCAUUAUCAUCUUAUCAGCCGUUAACUGUCCAAAGCUGAACACAGGUCUCCUCCUAUGGGGGUUUUGGCAGUAGUUUUCAUGCUAGGCAAGAGGAUUGACAAUUGAAGUUAGGCUUUGGUGAUGAAUGGGUUCCUAAUCACGCUUCUGACUAUUCUUUGACCAUUAAGUUCCCUUAUUAUAAGAAAACAAAAAUUAUUAUCUGUUUCAACAAAACUUAAUAAAAAUGUAAACAAAUGACAAAAGCUUAUUUAUUAUUAAGUAGUACAGAUAAAAAAAAAUUGAUUGAGUGUUUCGAUUUGUUGUUAAAUUCAUUUAGAGAGUAGUUCUAUCGAAACAGACUACAAUUAUACAUAACAACACCCAGUAAGAUUUGUUUUUCCUUCAUUUUAUACAAAUACCUACCGGUGGUUAUUAUUAUAUUAAAAAUACUUAUAGAUU